AUAUCGCAGGGGCGUGGUCUUGCCUGAUUACCGGUGGUAAACGAGAAGAACACCUCUCGCCUAAGGCUUCGACCAUUUUCAGCGCUCAGAGGUUUCAGCCCAGUUUGAUUUACUUCUUGCGUUUGCAAACUUCGAAAGGAAAUUGGAGAAAAGCGAUGUGGAAAGCAGCAGCUGGCCGUUCCGUCUCCGUUACCGUGGAUGACGGACCCGACGACUGGGAGACGGAUCCUGACUUUGAGAAUGAUGUGACUGAGAAAGAGCAGCGAUGGGGAGCGAAGACGGUAUUGGGUUCUGGACAUCAGGAACACAUCAACAUCCACCAGCUGCGUGAGACGGUGUCGACCGAGCACAGUGAUCUAAAACAGCGGGAGCUGGAGAACAUGCCCAAAGCCUCACAUGGUUAUGGGGGGAGGUUUGGUGUUCAGGAGGACCGAAUGGACAAGUCGGCUGUGGGUCACGAGUAUCAGAGCAAACUGUCGAAGCACUGCUCCCAGACUGACACAUCUAAAGGCUUCGGGGGGAAAUUCGGAGUUCAGAGUGACCGCGUGGACGAGUCUGCUGUGGGGUUCGAGUAUGCUGGGAAAACAGAGAAACAUGCCUCACAGAGAGAUUACACCACUGGUUUUGGGGGUCGCUACGGUGUUCAGACUGAUCGUGUGGACCAGAGUGCUGUAGGCUUUGAUUAUCAGGGAAAAACCGAGAAGCACGAAUCCCAGAAAGAUUAUGCUAAAGGAUUUGGCGGGAAAUAUGGAGUGGAAACUGAUAAAGUGGACAAAAGUGCAGUGGGCUUCGAGUAUCAGGGCAGAACGGAGAAACACGAGUCACAGAAAGAUUACGUGAAGGGCUUUGGAGGGAAGUUUGGAGUGCAGACGGACCGCGUGGAUAAAUCCGCAGUUGGCUGGGACCAUCAGGAGAAACUGCAGCUCCACGAGUCUCAGAAAGAUUAUAAGCGUGGGUUUGGAGGGAAAUACGGGGUGGAGGUUGAGAAGCAGGAUCAGAGCGCUCUUGGCUUUGACCACAAAGAGAGCCUGGCUAAGCACGAGUCUCAACAAGAUUACUCUAAAGGGUUUGGAGGGAAAUUCGGAGUUCAGCAGGACCGAAUGGACAAGAGUGCAGGAACUUUUGAUGAUGUUGAGAAACCUGCUGCUGCUUACCAAAGGACCAGACCAGUUGAAGCAGCCGGCAAAGGAACAGGAAGCAUUAAGGCUCGUUUUGAGAAUCUGGCCAAGCAGAAUGAGGAAGAGGACAAGAAACGGGUGCAGGAGGAGAGAGCCAGAAGAGAAGCCAGGGAGAAGCAGGAGCAAGAGGAAGCCCUUAAAAAGGCAGAGCAGAGUGCCAAAACUCGCACACCUUCCCCUCAGCCCAGCCCCACCUCCACCACUCAGACCCAUCAGUAUCAGACUCCCGAUUCACCCAAGAAAACGAAGGAGGUCGAAGAGCACGUGUAUGAGGUGGAGCCAAGCACACAGCAGGAAGACCUCUACCAGAACCCAGAUCAGGAUGACCAGUACCAGGCUGCAGACACUCAGCCUUAUGAUUAUGGAGAGGACCUGGGAGUGACUGCUGUGGCUCUGUAUGAUUAUCAAGCUACCGGUGACGACGAGAUCUCCUUCGACCCCGACGACAUCAUCACCAACAUUGAGAUGAUUGACGAGGGCUGGUGGAGAGGCGUGUGCAGAGGGGCUUACGGACUUUUCCCAGCCAAUUACGUCGAAGUCCGGCAGUAAGCCCGGCUCGCCAGACACGCCCGCCUCCCUGGAGGAGAGGGGAUCUUCUUUGCACAUCUUUCCAUUUGUAUCCCAAUCAUUUUCCUUCGCCUCCUUGCAAUGCUUUAGGCAUUCUCAGGUCUUUCUCCUCUCUUCCUACUUUUCCUUUCUCUUUGCCCCAGAUUUAGCCCCGAUACCCUGCUAAAUCACAUUCCUUCAUCCAUUAUCCCAUUUUCCUCUCCUCUUUGUUCCUGUUGACAUUUAAGAUUAGUCCAUGAUGCCACGAGUGAUCUACAGAGAAUAAAUCUUGGCUUUUGGGUUGUAUCAAUUGCCGAUGUGAAAGUGCGUAGGGGAUUUUGACAGGUGGUGUUAUUUAGAAGAAUUGGUGUGAUCAACCAAAAAAAAAAGAGGAUUUCCUUGCAUGUAUUGGAAGGGGAAUGCUGUACAAAGCUGUACAUGCUGAAUUCCUGCCAAAAGUGACUUGCAAUCCAAACGAAACGUGAAAUCGUUAUCAUUUACUCUUUUAGAAGGUUUGUAUUUCACGUAUUCGCUCACAUCAGAUAUGUCGUAUUGGCGGUUUUAUUCUGUUUCGAAAGUACAAUAACAGCUUCAGAUUGAUCAAUAUAAUCCAGAAAUUGCUAUCUCAAAAGUGUUUUUGUUGCAUUGAGGUAUAAUAUUUUUUUUUAACAGUCAUCACAUUGUCUGAAACACUUUGCAGCUUCUUUUGUACUAUGUGCCCCUGUCGCUUUUUAUCUUGAUAGUGUUCAACACUAAUGGAAAAGAAAGAAAGAAAGAAAGAAAGAAAGAAAGAAAGAAAGAAAUCUAUAAUGUGACCAAAAACUAUAACACUAAAAUAUACUGUCCCUCACUGGCACGUAGUUUCCAACCAGCCGCCCGUUGAGUUCAGUUCUUUCCAAUUGUUAUGGCAGGAAAUGUCUGUAAGAGCAGAAAUUUUAGCAUUUUGUGAAAAAUUCAUCGAGUCUGAACAGGAGGAAAAAUGCAGAUAAGCUCCCUUUCUGUGCGUCCUGGGCAUGCAGUGUUUUCGUCUUUUGUCCUUGUCGGUGUACUUCUGCUUUGUAACUUGGUGCCACUGCAUUUUCUUUCUGACCAACACAAUAUUGAGUGGUUUGAUGUCUGAGUCUGCUGGAUCGAGUGCACUAUUGAUUCGGAAUUGGGGUAAUAAUGACUGUCGUAGAAGUAAAUACUGAACAGAAUUUUAGCAUUUGGGAUGUAACUGACAAGAUAAGGACGCAUGAAUUCCAGUGUUUGAAACAGAGCUGAUGUAUAUAAAUAUAGCUCGAUCUUAUUUGAUAUGUAACAGACCCGUUGUGGUGCAGUGGGAUUUUAAUUCAUUAAGGAUGUUAGAAUCAAUGGCUAGGCAGCAACAGCUAAUCUUUUGGGUUUUAGGGGAUUGUAAAAGUGACCUUCUCAGAUCUGUUAUUUUUUAUCUGUAUCUUGCUGGCUUACCUCUCAUUACAUGCCUGUUUUUUUUUUGUAUGAAAUAAAAUUUCAAUUAAUAAAAUAUAAAUAAAAUA